CCAAAGAUAUAGAAAAGGGAUUUAAAUACCUGUACCUGACCCCUGUUGAUUUUAAGAAAGUUAGUGCCAUGAAUUCCGUCCAUGCUGAGCUUAUAGAAGAUGAGGGAGAACCCAGAUAUAAAAUUAUUGAUGUCAUAGGUAGAGAGGAAGGUCUAGGGGUAGAGAAUUUAAGAGGAUCAGGAAUGAUUGCCGGGGAGUCAUCUAUAGCUUACAAUGAUAUCAUUACAAUCAAUUUGGUAACCUGUCGAGCUAUAGGUAUUGGUGCCUAUCUGGUCAGACUGGGACAGAGAACUAUACAAGUGGAGAACUCACACAUCAUCCUCACUGGUGCAGGUGCACUUAACAAGGUCCUUGGUAAGGAGGUGUACACCAGUAACAAUCAGCUGGGAGGAAUCCAGAUCAUGUACACUAACGGAGUCACACACGACGUAACAGCUGACGACUUCGAGGGCGUCUACAAAAUCAUCAAGUGGCUGUCAUAUAUGCCUAAGUGUAAGGGUUCCCCAUUACCAGUACUAGAUACAGGGGAUCCUAUAGACAGACUGGUGGACUUCAUCCCCACAAAGGCUCCCUACGAUCCCAGGUGGAUGCUGAAUGGACGACAAAAUCCAGAUGAUAAGAAUUCCUGGCAGAAAGGCUUCUUUGAUCACAAGUCUUUCCAUGAAAUCCUACAGCCUUGGGCACAAACAGUGGUCACAGGUCGAGCAAGGUUGGGCGGGAUCCCCGUGGGGGUGAUUUGUGUAGAGACCAGAACAGUAGAAAUGACCAUACCAGCCGAUCCUGCCAAUCUAGACUCAGAGACCAAGGUGAUACAACAAGCAGGUCAGGUAUGGUUCCCAGACUCGGCCUAUAAGACAGCUCAGGCCAUUAAGGACUUCAACAGAGAGGACCUCCCUCUGAUGGUGUUUGCAAACUGGAGAGGAUUCUCAGGGGGAAUGAAAGAUAUGCACGACCAAGUCCUUAAGUUUGGCUCCUACAUUGUGGAUGCCCUCACAGAGUAUAAUCAACCCAUCAUGAUUUACAUCCCCCCAUAUGCCGAGCUGAGGGGUGGAGCCUGGGUAGUGGUUGACCCAACAAUUAACCCCACCCACAUGGAAAUGUAUGCGGAUGAACUCAGCAGGGGAGGUGUCCUUGAACCAGAGGGAACCGUAGAAAUCAAGUUCAGGAGGAAGGACCUGGAGAAGACCAUACAGAGACUGGACCAGACGUGUCGCCAGAUCGUGGAGAAACUGACCAGUCCACAGCUGAAUCCAGACGAGAAGGAGGAGCUCCAGAAACAGCUGGCAGCUCGCCAGGAAAAGUUACUCCCCAUGUACCACCAGGUGGCGAUACAGUUCGCUGACCUCCAUGACACUCCUGGGAGAAUGGAGGAAAUGGGGGUUAUUACUGACAUACUUAAAUGGCAGAAGAGCCGUGAAUUCUUCUACUGGCACCUGAAGAGGAGGUUGUUAGAAAGGCAGCUUAAGAAGAAGAUGAAGCAGUUCACACAGAACGUCGGGGAGGGGGAGCUCAACUCCAUGUUACAUCGCUGGUUUGUGGAGGACAGGGGCACUGUCAAUGCUUACCUAUGGGAGGAUGACAAAGCUAUGGUGGAGUGGUUGACAGAACAGAUCAGAGAAGACAGUAUAGACAACGCUGUAUCAGACAACAUCAGAUGUCUACAGAGGGAGCAUGUCCUACAACAAGUCAGGAGUUUGAUACAAAACAAUCCAGAGGUUGCUAUGGAUUCUAUUGUUCACAUCACUCAACACAUGACCUCAAGUCAAAGGUCAGAGGUCUCCAGAAUUCUGGCCAACAUGGACACGUGACCAGAAUGGACAAUUAGAAUCAACAGUGACUGUAUUUAAAAACAUAUCUAUU